UCAGUUUCUGUUUUCAUGUACACAUUGCUGGUUGGAAUUAUAAUAACGACUAUAUUUGGAAAUCUUGUAGUAAUUAUCUCUGUCUCCCACUUCAGACAGCUUCACUCUCCAACCAACUUUUUGACACUUUCUCUGGCUCUUACUGAUUUUUUUGUAGGCUUUCUUAUACUACCUUUUAGCAUGAUACGGACCAUUGAAAAAUGUUGGUAUUUUGGCAGUAUGUUUUGCAAAAUCCACUCAGUAUUAGAUUCAUCUUUUACAGCAGUUUCUGUUUUUCAUCUUUGCUUUAUUGCUGUUGAUCGUUAUUAUGCCAUAAAUGACCCUCUACAUUACUCAUCAACAAUCACUUAUCGAUUAACAACAGUGUUUUUGUCUGUGUGCUGGGCAGUACCUACGUGCUUAAGUUUUGGUUUGGUGUUCUCAGGCAGAAAUGCAGAAGAGUCUACAUCAGCUUCUUUUUUCUGUGAAGGUCUUUGUGUUGUAAUAUUUGAUAAUAUGUGGUCUCUAAUUACUCCACUGGCAAUCUUUUUUAUACCAUGUCUAAUAAUGACUGGUAUUUACAGUAAGAUUUUUGUAAUAGCUAGAAAUCAUUCUACAACCAUUAACAGCACAGCAAACAAUAUCACAUCUACAAGAGAGAAGCACAGAAGUCGGUCCCAAAAUAUGGAAACUAAAGCAGCAAAAACUCUAGGAUUAAUAACAGGUGUAUUUUUAUUUUGCUGGCUACCUGCUUCAAUUGUAUUAGUAGUUGAUUCUUUUGCUAAUGCUUCAGUAUCCUCAUUUAUUUAUGAAAUCCUUUGUUGGCUAGCAUAUUUUAAUUCUGCAUGUAAUCCAAUAAUAUAUGGCUUUUUUUAUCCUUGGUUUCGGACAGCAUUUAAAACAAUUUUGUCUGGAAGAAUAUUUACUAGAGCAUCUUCUUUUAUUAAACUGAUUCCCGAAAAUCAUUAG